CAGCAGCACCUCCUUCGACAAGAUGAAGCAAGACAAGCGCUACACGCCGGCCAACAAGGUGCCCGACGAGGUGCUGUCGGCCAUGGGCAGCGACGAGAUAUUCUCCCCGGGCUUCAGCAUCAAGGGGCAGGCGUUGGCGGGGAGGCCGUCCUACCUGGACAUGCAGGCGACGACGCCGAUGGACCCGCGUGCCCUGGACGCCAUGAUGGAGUACCAGCUAGAGCGCUACGGGAACCCCCACUCGAGGACACACGCCUACGGGUGGGAGAGCGAGGCCGUCGUCGAGAAGGCCAGGGAGCAGGUCGCCAAUCUUAUCGGCGCGUCUCCCAAGGAGAUUAUUUUCACUUCUGGGGCGACGGAGUCGAACAACAUGUCCAUCAAGGGGGUGGCGCGGUUCUACAAGGGCCGCAAGAAGCACAUUAUCACGACGCAAACGGAGCACAAGUGCGUGCUGGACAGCUGCCGUGCGAUGGAGCAGGAGGGCUAUGAGGCGAGCAAUCCUCUCAUGGAGUUGCCGGAUGUGACGUACCUCCCCGUGCAGUCGAGGAGUGGACUGGUGGACCUCGACGAACUCGCCGCGGCCAUCAGACCGGACACGGUGGCGUGCUCCGUGAUGGCGGUCAACAACGAGAUCGGCGUGGUGCAGCCGCUCAAGGAGAUCGGAGACAUCUGCCGCAAGAACAAGGUCUUCUUCCACUCGGACAUCGCGCAGAUGCUGGGGAAGAUGCCGAUCAGCGUGGACGACUUCAAGAUGGACCUCGCGAGUCUCUCUAGCCACAAGGGCCUUCGAUCGGGCACUCUUCCUCACGCUCUCUGCGCCGGGUUCGGCAUGGCCUGCCAGGUGGCACAAGAAGAGAUGGACGUGGACAAGGAGUGGGUGGACCACCUGUCGAAGCGCAUGUACGACGCGGUGAUGACGCGCAUCCCGGACGUUACCCUUAACGGAGACGCCGACAGGAGGUAUCCGGGGAACCUGAACUUCUCCUUCGCUUACGUGGAGGGUGAGUCGUUGCUGAUGGCGCUGAAGAACAUCGCGGUGUCGAGCGGCAGCGCAUGCACGUCGGCCUCGCUGGAGCCGUCUUACGUCCUCAGAGCCAUCGGGGUUGAGGACGACCUGGCGCACACCAGCAUGCGAUUCGGGAUUGGUCGCUUUACCACCGAGGAGGAGGUGGAUUUCGCGGUGGAGUCGCUUGCGCACCACGUGAACCGGCUGCGGUCCAUGAGCCCGCUCUGGGAGAUGGUCCAGGAGGGCAUCGACAUCAAGAGCAUCCAGUGGUCGCAGGACGCUCACUAGAGACGGAUGUCAUGCUGCAUGGUUGUCUCAACCACUAUAUGUUCCGACGGAGCUUCUUGCCGGGAUUUGAU